AUGCCAAAGACGGAAUAUAACCCAGUAAAGAUCGCGUCCAGGGAGAAGGAGACGACGGGUGAAGCGCGGGAACGUGCAAAAUGGCAGUACUAUUAUGGCCAGUUGAAGACGCUGCUCAAGACGGAACCAGUGUUCAAGAUAUUAAGGACCAAGGUGAUUGGUCCUCUGGAUAAGCCGAUCUCGGUCCCACUCACGGGACCAACAAAGUCGACGAGAUCAAUUUGA